UUUAUUUGAACCGGUUGAGCUUGGUGCCGCGUCAACUGAGUAUUUUUUUAAUAAUUAUAGGUAAAAUAUAACGUUCACAUAAAAUGUCGGUUGCUGCAAAAGGAAUAUUCAUCGUGGGCGCCAAACGCACCCCUUUCGGCACAUUUGGCGGCGUGUUUCGCAACACUUCGGCCACCGAGUUGCAGACGUAUGCGUUUAACGCUGCUCUCAAAGAGGCCAAUGUUGCGGCCACGCAGGUCGACACUGUUGUCGUUGGUCAAGUUAUGUCAGCAUCUCAAACCGACGGUAUAUACACGCCUCGUCAUGCAGCACUCAAGGCUGGCAUCCCUAAGGAGCGUCCUGUACUCGGUGUUAACAGGCUCUGCGGAUCUGGUUUCCAGUCCAUUGUAAACAGUGCACAGGACAUAAUCACCGGUGCAGCAAAAAUCUCCCUAGCUGGUGGCGUAGAAAACAUGUCUCAAGCUCCUUUCGCCGUGCGAGGAGUCAGAUUUGGCACAGUCCUGGGCAGUACCUAUGCAUUCGAAGACACCCUGUGGGCUGGUCUCACUGAUACCUACUGUGGUCUUCCUAUGGGAAUGACUGCGGAAAAACUUGGUAGUCAAUUUGGAAUUACUAGAGACGAGGUUGAUGACUUCGCUCUGAAGUCACAGCAGAAAUGGAAGAAAGCCAACGAUGACGGAGUAUUCAAAGCAGAAAUUGAGCCUGUGAACUUGACCAUCAAAAAGAAGCAAGUGGAAGUCUCAGUAGAUGAACAUCCUCGUCCACAGACCACACUCGAAGGUCUAAAGAAGCUGCCACCUGUUUUUAAAAAGGAAGGUCUUGUUACUGCUGGAAGUGCUUCUGGUAUUAGUGACGGUGCAGGAGCUUUAGUUCUGGCCAGCGAAGACGCAGCAAAGAACCUGAAACCCCUCGCCCGACUGGUCGGCUGGUCGUACGUCGGUGUAGACCCCAGUAUCAUGGGCGUUGGUCCCGUGCCUGCGAUUGAGAAUUUGCUCAAAGUUACAAACACGUCUCUUAAUGAUAUUGAUUUGAUUGAGAUCAACGAAGCUUUCGUAGCCCAGACCCUCUCUUGCGCGAAAGCGCUAAAACUGGACAUGGCCAAGCUGAACACGAACGGCGGCGCCACUGCAGUGGGACAUCCGCUUGGUGCCAGUGGAUCCCGAAUCACUGCACACUUGGUGCAUGAGCUCAGACGCCGCGGUCUUAAGAAAGCGAUCGGAGCCGCCUGCAUCGGAGGCGGUCAGGGAAUCGCAGUUAUGGUUGAAGCUGUCUAAAUAAGAU